AUGAGGCCAUUCGACGCAGACGGAGCUCUCGACAGGUUCUUCAACCAGCCCGACGACAUGGACGAUCAACGCAUCUUGCCCAACCCAUCGACAGACACCACCCCACCAAGAAAGGCCGCGCUUCUCAUCAUCGACGUGCAGGAGGAUUUCUGCCCCCCAAAUGGCUCUCUCGCGGUCAAAGACGGUCGUAAGAUCGCUCCGAUCAUCAAUGAACUCCUCGGCUACCUUGGCUUUGUACUCAAGAUCGCUACCGUCGACUCCCACCCUGUCAAUCACAUCAGUUUCGCUCCGCUUCACCCUGGUGCAAUCCCCUUCAGGACCGAAUAUACCAUCAAGAACCCAGAGAACGGAAACGAGACACAGACGACCGUCUUGUGGCCCGUUCACUGCGUUACGGGAACUCCAGGCUCUAAGCUGAUCAACGAGGUGCAAUGGGGAGAGAUCAAUAGGCUGAUCGAGAAGGGCAACGACGCUAGAGUUGAAGCGUACUCAGCGUUUGGCCCUCCCUUCCGCCACCCGAUGGUCUCCAUGAGUGAUCUCGACCAGAAGUUGAAGGAGGCACGCAUCACCGACGUGUUUGUAGUGGGCUUAGCCUACGAUUAUUGCGUGAAAGAUACGGCAUUGGACGCUGUAGAGCUCGGGUACAAGACAUACGUUGUUCAGGAGGGCACAAAGGCAGUUUUCCAGGCCCCAGCGACUCUUGCGGCGACUAAGAAGAAGCUCGAGGAGGCUGGUGUGAGUGUGAUCUCGCUGGAUGAUCCUCUGCUGGAAGCGCUGAAGUAG